GCGUCCACCAUGUCCGUCUGCUCCAGCAACGUGAGCUACGGCCGCCGGGUCUGCCUGCCCAGUUCCUGCGACUCCUGCUCGGACCCCUCCUGGCAGGUGGACGACUGCCCCGAGAGCUGCUGCGAGCCCCCCUGCUGCACCCCCACCUGCUGUAACUCCUCCUGCUGUGUCCCCACCUGUUGUGCCCCGACCCCCUGCCUGACCCUCAUCUGCACCCCAGUGAGCUGUGGGACCAGCCCCUGCCAAUCUGUCUGCACCAGCUCCUGUGAGCCCUCCUGUGGCCAGCAGUCUAGCUGCCAGCCUGCUUGCUGCACGUCCUCUCCCUGCACGUCCUGCUGUGUGCCUGUCUGCUGCAAGCCCAUCUGCUCUGUGCCCACCUGUUGUGGGGUCUCCCCCUGCCAGGACACUUCCUGCUGCCAACAGUCUAGCUGCCAGCCUGCUUCCUGCACAUCCUCCCCCUGCACGUCCUGCUGUGUGUCCGUCUGCUGCACACCUGUCUGCUGCAAGCCUGUCUGCUCUGUGCCCACCUGUUGUGGGGUCUCCCCCUGUGAGAACACUUCCUGCUGCCAGCAGUCUAGCUGCCAGCCUGCUUGCUGCACGUCCUCCCCCUGCACGUCCUGCUGUGUGCCCGUCUGCUGCAAGCCCGUCUGCUGCAGACCCUCCUCCUGCGUGUCCCUCCUCUGCCGCCCCGUGUGCAAGCCUGCCUGCUGCGUGCCCACCUCCUCCAGCUGUGCCCCCACCUCCUCCUGCCAGCCCAGCUGCUGCCGCCCGGCCUCCUGCGUUUCCCUCCUCUGCCGGCCCGCGUGCCCCCGCCUGGCCUGCUGCGGCCCCUCCCUGGCCCGGACUUCCUGUUGCUGA